AUGUCUAGCAGAUAAUAGGUUUUAGGAGAAAUUAUAUAAGAUUAAAAUCAAUAGCUUUCAUACUAAAGUAAACAUGAAUAAAAAAAGGAAAAUAUUGCAGAGACAUUGGGUUAAGUAUAUCCUAGAGAAAAUUUACAGAUUUAUUAAAAAGAAUAGCAACCUUACCGAUCAAGAAAUAAAAUGUCAGAUGUGUAACUACAGUUUUUACUUUAGGAGUAUUAAAAAAAUCCAAACUGGUCAAGACAAAAAAUCUCUCAGAUAGCUUAAAAUACUUAGCUCUCAAAAACUUAAAUUUACAAAUGGAAUUGGGACUAGAAGCAAUUUAUUGAUAAUAUUUUCGAAAAAGAUUGUUACUCCUUAAUGAAGUGUCAUGGAAAACUUUUCAAUGUAGUAAAUGAUUAUUCUAGAAGGGAUAAAGCAGUUGAGGUUGGAAUUCCAAAAAAAUGA